GCAGUUUAAGAUUAAGCAGAAAAUAGAUUGAAAUGUGAAGGUAUGGUUAUUUUUAGCAAAAAAGUGUGUUGAAUGCAUGAAGCAUAGAAAUGAAAAGAAAAAGACAACUUGAUUGAGUUGCAAGAAUUAAUGGCUGUUUAAUCCCCAAGUCCUUGUUUCUCGUAUAGUUGUUGUAAUGGAGAAGGUUGAAUCAGCCACAUCUAUCUCAUGUUGUCCUCUGUCAAAUAACUAACAUAAGAAAAAUAAGAAAAGAAAGAAUCACCAUUCAACCUCUGUCACCAUCAAAUCUCCUUAAACCUCUCUGUUUUAAGAGAAAUGUUCGCCUCAUCUUCCACUUCUCUCCCGUUGAAUAUCUAAGAGAAGGAAAGAGGAAAGAGGGAAAAAAAAAAAAAGGAAAAGAAAAAGAAGAAACAGAGGAAGAAGUGAAAUUCGGAUCGUUCCAGUCCUCCCAUAUGGGGCACAGCCACAACGUCCGCCGUGAGUCCUUGUCAGGUCACUUAUCCGUGGCCCGACCGGACUACCACGUCGACGUUUUCGAGAACGAUCUAGUAUGGCCCUUCAACAAGCUCGACGGAAUUGACCGUGAUAACGUCCGUGAGACCGCCUACGAGAUCUUCUUCACGGCUUGCCGCUCCUCGCCGGGCUUUGGAGGUCGGAACGCUCUCGCAUUUUACUCCUCUUCUAAUAAUGAUAAUGCCGAUGGCGCCUCGGGCCCGAAGCCUAAUGGGGUUGUGAUGACACCUACUAGUCGGAUCAAACGAGCACUUGGGUUGAAGAUGUUGAAGCGAUCGCCAUCUAGGAGAAUGUCGUCCGGCGGAAAUAGCGGUUCCAAUCCAUCUUCCCCUAGCUCUCAUAGUUCCAGCGGGUCGAGCCCUGCUUUGUCGUAUACUCUGCCGUCACCAAGACCGCGCCGGCCAAUGACAUCGGCUGAGAUUAUGAGGCAGCAGAUGAAGGUUACAGAGCAGAGUGAUAAUAGGCUUAGGAAGACUCUCAUGAGGACUCUUGUUGGCCAAAUGGGAAGACGAGCGGAGACCAUAAUUCUUCCAUUGGAGCUUUUAAGACAUCUAAAGCCAUCCGAAUUCACCGACGCAAAUGAAUAUCAUUUAUGGCAGAAACGACAGUUAAAGAUUCUUGAGGCAGGGCUUCUUCUUCACCCUUCCAUUGCACUUGAUAAAUCAAACACAUUUGCAAUGCGUCUUAGGGAGAUCAUUCGUGGGUGUGAAUCGAAGCCGAUUGACACAGGGAAGAACUCUGACACUAUGAGAACGCUUUGCAAUUCUGUUGUGUCAUUGUCUUGGCGCAGUGCUAACGGAAUUCCAACCGAUGUGUGCCAUUGGGCGGAUGGUUUCCCUCUCAACAUUCACAUCUACGUUGCUCUUCUUCAAUCCAUCUUCGACGUCAGAGACGAGACACUAGUACUUGACGAGGUAGACGAACUUCUCGAGCUAAUGAAGAAGACAUGGUCAACGUUGGGAAUCACUAGGCCGGUUCACAAUAUAUGUUUCACAUGGGCAUUGUUCCAACAGUAUGUUGUGACAGCACAGCUUGAGCCAGACCUUCUAUGUGCUGCUCAUGCUAUGUUGGCAGAGGUGGCCAACGAUGCCAAGAAGCCAGAUCGUGAAGCGGUAUAUGUUAAGCUUUUGUCGUCAGUGUUGUCAUCGAUGCAGGGUUGGGCAGAGAAAAGGUUACUUCAUUACCAUGACUAUUUCCAGAGGGGGACAGUUGGUCAGGUAGAAAACCUUCUUCCCUUAGCCUUAUCUGCAUCAAAGAUUCUAGGUGAAGAUGUUACCAUCACAGAAGGGGCAGGGAAAAACGAGGGAGAUGUAUUGGUGGUGGAUUCUUCUGGUGAUCGUGUGGAUUACUACAUCCGAUGUUCAGUAAGGAAUGCGUUUGCCAAGGUACUUGAGAAUGGGAACCUCAAGGAAGUAAAAGGUGAGGUGAGCGAAGCUUUGCUUCAGUUGGCAAAAGAAACAGAGGAUUUGGCAUUAAAAGAAAGGGAAAGCUUCAGUCCUAUACUAAAGAAAUGGCAUCCAACAGCAGUAGGAGUUGCGGCAGUUACAUUGCAUAAUUGCUAUGGUACUAUGUUGAAGCAAUAUCUAGGUGGUGUUUCUACGUUAACGAGCGAGACAAUAGGUGUUUUGCAUAGGGCCGGAAAAUUAGAGAAGGUGCUAGUUCAAAUGGUGGUCGAGGAUUCCGCUGAUUGUGACGACGGUGGCAAGGCUAUUGUCAGAGAGAUGGUUCCUUUUGAAGUUGAUUCCAUUAUAAUGAACCUCUUAAAAAAAUGGGUUGAUGAGAGGUUAAAGAGACAAAGAGAGUGUCUUAGCAGAGCAAAAGAAUCAGAAACUUGGAAUCCAAGGUCCAAAACGGAACCAUACGCGCAGUCGGCUGUGGAGUUGAUGAAGCAAGCUAAGGAAACUGUGGAGGAGUUCUUUGAAAUCCCUAUUGGAGUUACGGAAGAUUUGGUUCAAGACCUAGCUGCUGGUUUAGAGCAUAUCUUCCAAGACUAUAUCACAUUUGUGGCAUCAUGCGGUUCAAAACAGAGUUACCUCCCACAGCUUCCUCCUCUAACCCGGUGUAAUCGAGAUUCGAAGUUUGUCAAGUUGUGGAAGCGAGCCACUCCUUGUAGUGUUGUUGGAGAAGAUAUGAAUCAUAUUGGUCCUCAUGAACCUCAUCAUCCACGACCAUCGACUAGCCGUGGAACCCAACGCCUAUACAUUCGCCUAAACACAUUGCAUUAUAUAUUUUCUCACCUACAUUCACUUGACAAAGUUCUUUCCCUUUCUCCUAGAGUCACUCCUCCAACCAGCAACCGUUUUAGCAGUUCUAGAUCUUAUAGCAACUCAUCUUCUUACUUUGAACUAGCCAACUCUGGCAUUGAAUCAGCUUGUCAACAUGUAUCAGAAGUAGCUGCUUAUCGUCUGAUAUUCCUUGAUUCAGCGUCAGUCUUUUAUGAUUGCUUGUACGUGUGUGAUGUAGCGAAUGCACGGAUUCGACCAGCAUUACGAGUGUUAAAACAGAACCUUACCUUAUUAUGUGCAAUUGUAACUGAUAGAGCUCAGGCCUUAGCAAUGAAAGAAGUAAUGAGAUCCGCUUUCGAAGCAUUUUUAAUGGUUCUUCUAGCCGGAGGAUCAUCUAGGGUGUUUUAUCGUUCCGACCACGAGAUGAUUGAGGAGGAUUUUGAAAGCUUGAAAAAGGUAUUUUGUGCAUGUGGAGAGGGAUUGAUAGCAGAGAAUGUCGUCGAGCGUGAAGCAGAGCCAGUUGAAGGAGUGAUAGCAUUAAUGAGCCAAAUUACUGAACAACUAGUGGAAGAUUUCAGCAUUGUAACUUGUGAAACAAGUGGAAUUGGAGUUAUGGGUUCCGGACAAAAGCUACCUAUGCCUCCAACAACAGGACGAUGGAAUAGAGCCGAUCCAAACACCAUCUUACGAGUUUUGUGCCAUCGGAAUGAUCGACCCGCUAAUCAAUUCUUAAAGAGAACAUUCCAAUUAGCAAAAAGAAAAUGAAGCAAAUCUUCUCUUGUAUAAAGCAGAGAGAAAACAGAGGGAGAGACAGAGAGAGACAGAGUAUGAGUGUGUUUUGUGUAUAUACCAACUUUGAAUGAAGUUUGGGAGAAAUUGAGGGAGGCACAUUGCAUACAUUUUACA